AGCAAUGCGAACUUUGGAAGCAAGCUAAGCUUAGGGCGUGCCAGUCUGCGCAAGACGACCAGCAACACGGACGGUCGAACGAAGAGUCGAGCGCACUCGCUUCCUAGUACGGAAAAUUUCGGAGAGUUCGUGUCGGAAAUUCAGUUCUGUGUGUUCCAUCCCUGAAUAGCUGUGACCACCAUGGAGCUUGGAACCUUCAUUCUCAAACAAGUUAACUUCGUAAUCAGCCUCAUCAUCUGGCUUCUCGGACUGACGCUCCUGUUCCUCUCAAUUUGGAUCAGGAGUGAUCCCAACUUCUGGGAGUUCCAGGAACAUCUCAAUCUUGGGAACUACUAUGCGGCCUGCUACGUUGCCAUGGUCGUCGGUGCACUCUUGCUCGUCGUAGGAUUCAUGGGAUGCGUCGGAACAUUCGUGGACAGCCCCUGCAUUCUAUGGACCUACAUGAUCUUCACGGUUUUCUUCAUAGUGUUGGAGAUUACGAUCGCUAUAUUGGUAUGGCAGAUUCCGAGCGGAGAAGCGCUCCAAAAAUACAUGGAAAAUGAAAUCAAUCGGAAUCUAGUGAGCAUUUACAACAAUGAAUUCUCUCGGCGCUUCAUGGACCUCCUCCAAAUUCACAUGGAAUGUUGCGGCGCCGUCGACAAAACCGACUACAAGCGGAAUCAUCUCACAAUUCCACAGUCCUGUUCGAACUACAGAACGAACAAUAUCUACAUCUAUGGUUGCAGUGAGAACAUGCGAGUGCACCUGCAGAGAAUCGGAGCAGGCCUCGGAGGUCUCUCGCUAUCUCUGGUGCUGGUCCAGAGUAUCGCUCUGUGCGUGAAUUUCUUGCUGCUGGUCAAUCUGAAGAGCCUCUACGCCCAAGUCUUCUAGGGAAGGAAUUCCUAAAACUUCAAAGGGAAGAGACGAUCCUGCCAAUGUCAUGCGACUGGCGCAGUGUGCAUUUCAUCAUUUGGUCUGAAUGAGAUAAGGUGUGAUUGUAAAUAAUCGCUUGGAAAAUGCAAAAGGAGAAUAAUUGUGGAUCACAGAAAUUCGCGCAAACAUUUUAUAUUGCCCUGCAUCCCACUGCGAGGAGAGAAUAAAGAUUUCAAGAUAA